AAGCGGACCAAGUCUGGCUCGCAGGCGCGCACACUUGGAGAGCGUUCUCCGACCGGGUCUGGGCUCUUUAGCGGUCUCGUUUGGCCUUUACUGCAGCCCGUUUCCCAGACCCUUCUGGGUGCAAGACUUAGAAGUUGUUUUCCAGGCAGAAAAUUUAACCCAUAAUAACUUGUACACCUGAUGUCCUUGACUGACUUUCUGGGUCAUCAGCAGUCUUUCAGGAGUGUUUUGUUUCCCUCUCAGCAAACAUGGAAGACUGACUAUCCUGAGAUUCUGAGACAUUGUUUGCUGUGACUUCUACUUUGCUAAAAGCUAGAAUGAAGCAGUUGCCUGCAGCAACAGUUCGCCUCCUUUCAAGUUCUCAGAUAAUCACUUCAGUGGUCAGUGUUGUGAAAGAGCUCAUUGAAAACUCCUUGGACGCUGGUGCCACAAGCAUAGAUGUUAAACUGGAGAACUAUGGCUUUGAUAAAAUUGAGGUGCGAGACAAUGGUGAGGGCAUCAAAGCUGUUGAUGCACCUGUAAUGGCGAUGAAGUACUAUACCUCAAAAAUAAGUAGUCAUGAAGAUCUUGAAAAUUUGACAACUUACGGUUUUCGUGGAGAAGCCUUGGGGUCAAUUUGUUGUGUGGCUGAGGUUUUAAUUACAACAAGGACGGCUGCUGAUAAUUUUAGCACCCAGUAUGUUUUAGAUGGCAGUGGCCACAUACUUUCUCAAAAACCUUCACAUCUAGGUCAAGGUACAACAGUAACUGCUUUAAGAUUAUUUAAGAAUCUACCUGUAAGAAAACAAUUUUACUCAACUGCUAAAAAAUGUAAAGAUGAAAUUAAAAAAGUUCAAGAUCUCCUUAUGAGCUAUGGUAUCCUUAAACCUGACUUACGGAUUGUUUUUGCACAUAACAAGGCAGUUAUUUGGCAGAAAACUAGAGUAUCAGAUCACAAGAUGGCUCUCAUGUCAGUUCUGGGGACUGCCAUUAUGAGCAAUAUGGAAUCAUUUCAGUACCACUCUGAAGAAUCUCAGAUUUAUCUAAGUGGAUUUCUUCCAAAACACAAUGCAGACCACUCUUUCACAAGUCUUUCAACCCCAGAAAGGAGUUUCAUCUUUAUAAACAGUCGACCAAUACAUCAGAAAGACAUAUUAAAGUUAAUCCGACAUUAUUACAAUUUGAAGUGCCUAAAGGAAUCUACUCGUUUGUAUCCCAUUUUCUUCCUGAAAAUCGAUGUUCCUACAGCUGAUGUCGAUGUAAAUUUAACACCAGAUAAAAGUCAAGUAUUAUUACAGAAUAAGGAAUCUGUUUUAAUUGCUGUUGAAAAUCUGAUGACAACUUGUUAUGGACCACUACCUAGUACAAAUUCUCAUGAAAAUAAUAAAACAGAUGUUUCCUCAGCUGACAUCGUUGUUAGUAAAACAGCAGAAACAGAUGUGCUUUUUAAUAAAAUGGAAUCAUCUGGAAAUAAUUAUUCAAAUGUUGAUACUUCAGCCAUUCCUUUCCAAAAUGAUGUGCAUAAUGAUGAAUCUGAAAAAAACAUUAAUCAUUGUGUAAAUCACCAGAUAAGUGUUGGUGACCAUUGUGAUGUUCAUUAUAGUAGUGAAAAUCCUAGCAUUGAUAACACUAGAAAUACAUUUCAAGAAAUCCCAAUGAAUAAUUUAUCACAGGAGAAUGUCCAGAGUGAACAUAGUGAAACUUGUUUUGUAGGUUCUGUUACACACACCCAAUCAGAAAAUGGCAAUAAAGGCCAUAUAGAUGAGAGUAGGGAAAAUGAGGAAGAAGCAGUUCCUGAGAAGUCUUUAGAAAUUUGUGCAGAUGACUGGAGCAAGGGAAGUGCACUUAAAAAUUCAGUGGGAGAGAAUAUUGAACCUGUGAAAAUUUUAGUGCCUCAAGAAAGUUUAGCAUGUAAAGUAAGUAAUAAUCAUCAUCCAAGUCCUGAACAGAAGAGUCCUGGUGAAGAUUCCUGUAACAAAAAAUCAAAUAUAAUAGAUAACAAAUCUGGACAACUUACAGCUUAUGAUUUAAUUAGCAAUCGAGUAAUCAGGAAACCCAUGUCAGCAAGUGCCCUUUUCGUUCAAGAUCAUCGUGCUCAGUUUCUCACAGAAAAUCCUAAGACCAGUUUGGAGGAUGCAACAUCACAAAUUGAAGAACUGUGGAAGACAUUGAGGGAAGAGGAAAAACUAAAAUAUGAAGAGAAGGCUACUAAAGACUUGGAACGAUACAAUAGUCAAUUGAAGAGAGCCAUUGAACAGGAGUCACAAAUAUCAUUAAAAGAUGGCAGAAAAAAGAUAAAACCCAGCAGUGCAUGGAGUUUGGCACAGAAGCACAAGUUGAAAACCUCAUUAUCUAAUCAGCCAAAACUUGAUGAGCUCUUUCAGUCCCAAACUGGAAAAAAAAGGAGCCAAAAUAUUAAAAUAGUACAGAUCCCCUUUUCUAUGAAAAACUUAAAAAUAAAUUUUGAGAAACAAAAAAAAUUUGACUUAGAAGAGAAGGAUGAACUUUGCUUGAUCCACAAUCUCAGGUUUCCUGAUGCAUGGCUAAUUACAUCCAAAACAGAGGUAAUGUUAUUAAAUCCAUAUAGAGUAGAAGAAGCCCUGCUAUUUAAAAGACUUCUUGAGAAUCAUAAACUUCCUGCAGAGUCGCUGGAACAGCCAAUUAUAUUAACAGAGAGUCUUUUUAAUGGAUCUCAUUAUUUAGAGGUGUUAUAUAAAAUGACAGCAGAUGACCAAAGAUACGGUGGAUCAAUUUACCUGUCUGAUCCUCGUCUGACAGCGAAUGGUUUCAAGAUAAAAUUAAUGCCAGGAGUUUCCAUUACUGAAAGCUACUUGGAAAUAGAAGGAAUGGCCAAUUGUCUCCCAUUUUAUGGAGUAACAGAUUUAAAAGAAAUUCUUAGUGCUAUAUUAAACAAAAAUGCAAAGGAAAUUUAUGAAUGUAGACCUCGCAAAGUGAUAAGUUUUUUAGAGGGAGAAGCAGUGCGUCUAUCUAGACAAUUACCCAUGUACUUAUCAAAAGAGGACAUCCAAGAUAUCAUCUACAGAAUGAAGCACCAGUUUGGAAAUGAAGUUAAAGGGUGUGUUCAUGGUCGCCCAUUUUUUCAUCAUUUAAUCCAUCUUCCAGAAACUACAUGAUUAAAUAUGUUUAAGAAAAUUA